AUGGACAAAGGUAGUGCUGAUGACAAGAGCAGUUCCCAAGUUAGGGUCGUGACCCCACUUGGGGCCCACAAGCCUGCAAGUGAAAAUGAAAGUGGGGUUGUGACCCUGGAAGUGGGAUUGCAACAGGAAAACUUUGGGAAGCCCUUCAGUUGUGCUACCAGGUCACUGAGCACUUCCACAUGGCGGCUGGCACAGAACCAAACUCGAGACACGCAACUCAUCACAGUUGAUGAAAAAUUGGAUAUCACUACUUUAACUGGUGUUCCAGAUGAGCACAUCAAAACCAGAAAAGUUCACAUUUUUGUCCCAGCACGUAAUGCAAUGCAGGCAGGAGUUAACAACACAAAGAAGUGGAAGAUGGAAUUUGAUAACAGGGAGCACUGCGAGAACCCUUUAAUGGGUUGGGCAUCUACAGCUGAUCCUUUAUCCAACAUGGUUCUUACUUUCUCUGCUAAAGAAGAUGCCAUUGUCUUUGCUGAAAAAAAUGGCUGGAGCUAUGAUGUUGAAGAGAGGAGAAUUCCAAAACCUAAAUCCAAGUCUUAUGGUGCAAACUUUUCUUAGAACAAAAGAACAACGGUGUCUACAAAAUAGUUUGGCAUUGGCUAUCUGUCUGACUGUUAAUGUCAGCUGUGCUGUAUUUAUAGGCCAUGUAUAAUACAUCUCUUAAUCUCCUAAUAAAUUUGACCUUUAAACUACAGAUGCAUCUUGUUAUGUCUAUUUAAAAUGUUUUUGAUGUCUCCGAUUGAAGUUGUUGCAAACUUCCCUAUAUAUAGAGGAGAUUUGGUGUGUUCAUACUUCUAGAAAAUUGCUAUACUAGGAAUCUAUCAAAAGGAAUGUUUGAAAUCAGCUGCAACUUUAAAGAUUGUCAUUUGUCUUUCAUCAGAGCAUUAUUUUCAACAUCUUGUUUAAACUUAUCAGCCCUGUACAUAC